CUUUGCUCAAACGCUCUUACAAGCCGGCGGAGGGGGCGAAAGCAACCUCAGACCAAAAACGAUGAAGCUUUUCUAAGAGGUUACGGCGUACAUCCCUUGAGCAAUUUGAAGGGAGUCAUCUACAUGACCAAAGACGCUAGACCAGCAACAAAAAAACGCAAACGUAACAAUCAUGCAAUUCAAAUACAGACGAAUUUGAGCACGCUCCUGUUCUUCAAGGUUACACUGCUUGAAGACGCACCGCAUCCCUCUUGACUCAGACCAUCUGGUUGGCUCGUCGUCAUCUGUGGUGACAAUGUCCGUGGAAGACCAGGGCUACCCCGACCGUUUACUGCUGCUCCAGGCCGGUCCGGAGUGGAUGCGGUCUGAGAUCGAGCGCCUGUCCCGGGAGCUGAGCGAGACCACCAACGAGAAAAUCCAAGCGGCUGAGUAUGGGCUGGCGGUGCUGGAGGAAAAGCAGCAGCUCAAACAGCAGUACGAUGACCUGGAGAUUGAGUACGAAGGCGUAAGACAGGAACUCGACCAACUGAAAGAGGCCUUUGGACAAGCCUACUCCAACCACAGGAAAGUGGCAGCGGAUGGGGAGAGCCGUGAGGAGUCUCUUAUCCAGGAGUCGGCGUGUAAGGAGGCCUACUACGAGCAGAGGGUCCUUGAGUUGCAGAAUGAGAUCCGUCAGUCCCGCAACAUUCUCACCAACACCCAGUCUGAGAAUGAACGCCUGACCACUAUCUCACAAGAGAUGAGAGAGAACAGCCAGAUGGUAGAGCUCCAGAGGAAUCAGCUGCGUGAUGACAUCAAGGAGUACAAGUUCCAGGAGGCUCGUCUGCUGCAGGAUUACACGGAGCUGGAGGAGGAAAACAUCUCACUGCAGAAGCAGGUCUCCGGGCUCAAACAGAGCCAGGUGGAGUUCGAGGGUUUGAAGCAUGAAAUCCGUCGUCUGGAAGAGGAUACACAGUUCCUGAACAGCCAACUGGAGGAUGCCAUCCGCCUAAAAGAGAUUGCUGAGCGUCAGCUGGGAGAAGCCCUUGAGACCAUCAAGACUGAGCGUGAGCUGAAAGCCUCCCUGAGGAAGGAGCUGUCCCACUACAUGAACAUCGGAGACACGCUUUACAACAGUCCUCUUAGCAUCUCUCUGGACGGGCUUAAGUUCUGCGAUGAUGCCACCACUGAACCAAACAACGACGACGCUCUGCAUGGAUACGACAACGGCUUCAGCAAGCUGCCCACCGACGACAACCGCAUGUCCAAGAAGGAAGAGCUGUUCCAUCCAGCACCCAGCCUUGUGGACGACCUGCUCAGCGAGCUCAACAUCUCUGAGAUCCAGAAGCUCAAGCAGCAGCUGAUGCAGAUGGAGCGUGAGAAGGUCAACCUGCUAUCCACUCUGCAGGAUUCCCAGAAACAGCUGGAGCAGGCCAACGGUGCUCUGUCAGAGCACCAGGAGAAGGUAAACCGCCUGACAGAGAAUCUCAACGCCAUCCGCAAGCUUCAGGCCAGCAAGGAGCGCCAGUCUGCCCUGGACAAUGAGAAAGAACGUGAUAGCAAUGAAGAUGGAGACUACUAUGAGGUGGACAUCAACGGACCGGAGAUCCUGGAGUGCAAGUACAAGGUUGCUGUGUCAGAAGCUGGAGAGCUGAAGGAGGAAUUGAAGACUCUAAAGGCAGAAUACCAAGCGUGUCAGUCGCGUUAUGAAGAGGAGCGCACACGGCUGGAGAACGAUGUCACUGCACUUGGAGAGAAGCUGGCCUCCCUAGAAAAGACAAGUGGUCUAGAGAAGGAGGAGAAGGUCAAGCUGGAGAAGGAGCUGCGCAAGCUGAGUGACGUGGCCGGUGAAUCUCAGGGCAGUCUGAGUGUGGCUCAGGAUGAGCUGGUGACCUUCAGCGAGGAGCUAGCGACCCUCUACAACCACGUGUGCAUGUGCAACAACGAGACCCCCAACCGCGUCAUGCUCGAUUUCUACAAAGAGGGCAAGGGUGGGCGCAGCAGCCCAGAGGGACGCGGUCGCCGCUCUCCCAUCCUGCUCACCAAGGGCCUCUUCCCAGAGCCUCUAAAGACCGAGCUGAGCGAUGGCACUCCAUUACCUGGCUCCUCCCUGCCUUAUCCCGUGUCUGACCACCGCCGCGAGCCCAUGAACAUCUACAACCUGGUGGCCAUCAUCAGGGACCAGAUCAAGCACUUGCAGUUGGCCGUGGACCGCACCACCGAGUUGUCACGGCAGAAGGUUGCCUCUCUGGAGCUCGGCACCGUGGCCGACAAGGACAAGGAGGCCUGCAUGGAGGAGAUCCUCAAACUCAAGUCCCUCCUCAGCACAAAGAGGGAGCAGAUUGCAACUCUGAGGACUGUGCUGAAAGCCAACAAGCAGACAGCUGAAGUGGCUCUGGCCAACCUGAAGAGCAAGUACGAAAACGAGAAGGCCAUGGUGACGGAGACCAUGAUGAAACUGAGGAAUGAGCUCAAAGCCCUGAAGGAAGACGCAGCCACCUUUUCCUCCCUCCGAGCUAUGUUUGCGACACGUUGUGACGAGUAUGUCACCCAGCUGGAGGAGAUGCAGAGGCAGCUGGCUGCAGCAGAGGAUGAGAAGAAGACCCUCAACUCUCUGCUGAGGAUGGCCAUCCAGCAGAAGCUCGCCCUGACCCAGCGCUUGGAGGACCUGGAGUUCGACCACGAGCAGACGCGUCGCACAGGCAGCGGCGUUCGAUCCAAAACCCGUGGCAAGGCCUCUGCCAGCACCGGCAGCAACCCCAACGUAAGUCAGGGUCUCACCUGCACUGGCCUGGGCCAAGCAGAGCACACCAAUGCCAUGCCCAGCGGCAUUCUUGGAGGGCCCAGCGUCUUCUGCAGCGAGAAGUACAAGAUCUACUGCGACUGAAGCGGCUGCAACGUCUGCAAGGGACUGCUGUGUACAGAGGGGAGGGACCCUCCCUGCAAUAGUGUUAAAGAGCCCCACUCGCUCGCUUUGCUCCCUGGCCAGCCUGCGCUCCUCUAGGGACUACUGUGUGACUAACCAUCUGCUUGUGUGUGCUAGUGUAAAGGCUUGGGAAAGCACAGGUUGUAUGUACAGUGUGCAUUCGACGUUUGGACUGUAGUAGACAUACAUGGCAUGUGGAUUUUAGGGCCCUGAUGAUAUUCAGGGGAUUUUGUGGAUAUUCUGGGUUGUCUAUUCUUUCCGCAGUCUUUGUGCUGUACGUAUGAAGUGCAAGGUGCUCUUUGUGCUUCAGUCCUAUGCCUCCUGAAUGUGUUACUUGGCAACAGUAGCACAUGACGGAGAUGAUGGCAGAGGAUGAUGUCCAAAUAUGAUAUCCUUUGCUCCAUCUGAUGGCACGGGUGCUCCUUUCGACAAAAAAUCAAAGCUCAGCUAACCGCUGUUACAUGUUUACAAGAAGAUUGAACUCAAAUAUGCAAUCUCCACCUGUGUUCCUGCCGGGGGAGCACAAGUUACGUCGACACAAAAAAAUCUGAAAGUUUUUUUUUAUGAUGGCUGUAAAGGAGCACCUGUGACGGCAGCUGUUUAAUCUUUCAAGUUAAAGCUGUGGCGCUAGCGCAGCAAUACGGCUCAGGCUCAGUAGAAAUGCAUGGCUUUGCAGCUGUAUGAGCUUUUUAAGUGCUUUUCUGUUGUUGGGUAUACCGCAGGGCACUAAAUUGUCAGCGAGGAGUUAGUUUGUGCUCUGAAAUACAGGAGGACUUUCCAGUGUGACCCAUUCCCGUUGCAAUGGAUCAAUAGAGCCAUAUAAGGAGGGAGACGGAACAUUUGACAAAUCUCCAAAACCCAAAAUAAGUGCGCUUCAGCAUAGGUGCCUCAGGUUCUACCUUCUGGCAGAAAUCCAUUUAUUGACUACUGUGAGAAGAGCUACGUUAUAGUUUUGAGUAAGAAGGCUUUUUUUUUUAAAACGGUAAAAGAGCACAAAUUCUAAAAAUUCAAACCUGGAUAAUAAAUCUCCAAACUGCUUGGCAAAAGUGCCUGAUAAGCCAAACACUUGAUAUAUUUAUCUGUUGAUCUGAAGCCCUGCCCUUGUGUCCUACUUUUCCUUAUCCUUAUCUUUGUCCCCGCUGUCUUCAGUUGGUGUCUUGAUGCUCUUGUCGCCAUGACGACCUCCUCUCUCAUAGAUUGCCAGCAUCCCCAACAGUAGACUGAUGAAAUGUCGGGUAACGUUUUUACUCAUGUGUUUGGCCCCUGAUAACUCACCUGGUGUGUGUGUGUGUGUGUUAACCUGAUUUGUUUAUACACCUUUUUCUCUUUGUUUGCCGUGUGAGGACAAAGCAAAUCUUAGUAGCCAGAAUAGCUUUAAAACCUCGCUGGGCUUGUGUUACGCAAAUAGUUCAAGUAGAAGUGGGGCUUGUGUUUAAUACUCUACGUACUGCUUGUGGAUCAUAGACACAUUAGCUUUAUGAUGCAAAAAGCAGGGUUGAUUUGAGGGAUUCCUGCAAGAUUGCGCAAACUUUGCAAUUUUGUUUUUCUACCAAUAUAUAAUGAAGCUCUAUAUUCGUAACAUGAUCUCGUUCAGGUACCGAUCUUGCAGGAUCCCGCUACAGUAUUCGCUCCUCACAAAUGUAAAAAAGAGGGGGCGCUUGUUGGUUCCUCAAAGAGAGGGACGUCAGAGGUCAACCCUGCUUGAGUGUGCAUCGGUAAGCGGCCGCUCACAGCAUGGAGACGGCAUGGAGAGCAACCUCCUCGGAGGUCAGUCGCUUUUAAGUUGACAAUUCACAUAUCUCACGAGUAGGACAGUUUCAGUCUGUUUGCUUUGAUGGAGAGUCGAGGAGGGAGAAGUACUUGUGGAGAAGAGAAAAAGAUGUCUCGCUGAGACUUGACGGAAGGGGAGAUGAAUCUCCUGGUGACUUUCUUGUUCAACCACAAGAUUCACAUGAGUCGAGUCACCAUUUCUUCUUGUAAAAGGCUCAGUUGAAUCUGAGCGUCUGGAUGUGACUUUUCCUAGAAUCUCCCCUUUUGAUUCGCACCCGCCUUUGCUUCAUCUGAAUUGGCGUCCGGCUUAUACGGUGUCACGAUAGCGUGUCAGCGCACAGGCUCCUCCUACCUCCUACCACUUCACCUUUACGUUUCACUACGUGCAUGUCAAACGCGUUACUCAUUAACAUGUGUACCAGAAAGCACCAUCUCCUCUGGUUUAGUCUGCAGAUUGUGUGGCUUUAACGCCCUCACACGUCCAAUACUGUGCUUUUGAUUGGCUGAUUCUAACCACCAAUGGGAAACCAGAGGAGGUGGUAUUGCUCCAUGUAAAUCUUUUUUUUGUUUUUGUUUUUGUUUUACUAUUUUUAAUCUGUGCACUUUCAUACUAUAGGAUUAUAAAAGACUAUUAUUAACCUGUAGGAGCGUGUGGUAGUACUAUGGUUUGUGAGAUGUUCAGUAUAGCCCAUGAUAUGUGUGUCCACAAACUCCACAAACCACAGAUCUACAAUUUCUGCAUAAUUCUAAAGCGUUUCUACAUCAUUGACUCAUUUUUAUCAUAUGUUGUGCUGUCAUAUUUAUCUGUUAUGUUCGUUCUACUGCCAUGUUCGCUACAAAAAUCCAGGGUGAUCUAAUUCUGGGGUUUUUCAUGUAUUUAUUAUUCCUAGGAAUAGUUCAAACUAACUCGAUGAAACUUGACAACGCUCUCCCUCGAAUCGGUAAGAUGAGUCUGAGGAAAAAUUGAGCGAUACGGCUUUUCCUAGCUUCUUACCGAGGGCGUUCCACUGAAACAGGAUCACUGAUGUUCAGAAUUCUCUGCAAAAGCGACCAUUAAAUUCCAAAUUGGAAUUGUUUUAUUCUCUCUUGGUUUAUCGUGCCAAAUCUUGGUACACCAUUUAAGGUCGGACAGGCAAGCGGCCACUGCGAAAGGUGUCGAUUUUUGGCCCGGGGCUUGUUUUUUUUGUUUGUUUGUUUGUUUUUGCUUUGUUUAGUUCUUUGUUUCUGACCAGUAGUGCCUUUCAUUGUUUCAAGGGAGAAUUUUAGACUAGCGCUUUUUGCUUUUUUGUCUUUCAGGGGGAGGGUUUGGGACUCAAAAUGACUGUGAGCAGCAAUAAGCGCAAAGGGAAUUCCGCCCCUUUCUGCAUGAGUGAGAAAUUAGCUCAAUAAAUCAAGCAUUGUUUUGAAUUCUGCAGGUCAGUGAUCCUCUCAACAAAUUCAGGGGUAUUAAGAAAAUGUGUUUUUUAAUCACACUUUAGGAACCAAAAGAAGUCCAUUUGGCCUCCUGUUGUUGAACAAACAGCUCCAAGCAUCUUUAGUGUUUGUGGAGCCGAGUGUGCUGUUGGAAACUACAGGCUAUGUUUGGUGAUGGUCAUGUGAUAUCAAUAGUAUUAUUGCAAAAACAAAAAUGUGCAGAGAGCGCAUUUUAUCUUACUUUUUGUCUGUUUUUUUAUUAUUAUUAUUGAGUCUUUUUGUUUUUGUUGUUUUGUUUUUUUACACAUUAUCUUUAAGCAAUUUGUUUUCAGGAAACAGAAAACGAAAUUGGCAUCAACAAGCGUGAAUAGUGCCAUGCUAGCCAGCGCUCGUUUGUUGAGGCGUCAAAGUUACUAAUACGGAAGUGAACCUAACACAAAAAAGUGCAAUUCUGACACUGUUCAAGAGAAAAAGAUGUUUUCUGUUUGCUGGAAGCGACAGCAUUGUGAUAAUUAAACUAGCUGUGCAAACUUGAUACUGUUAUAUUGUGUUUCAGUAUUGAUCCAUAAUGAGAGUUUGAUAUCUCUAUAUGAAAUAACUACUUCACCUGUACGAUGGUAUUUAUUUGACUUGUCAUGCAGUACUGUAUUCUUAUCAAUAAUGUGCAUUAUGAUUAGUAAUAUUGAUUACAGCUAAAUGUCACAUGCAUGUUUCUCAGAUAUGGGACCUUUACACAGCAGUGAAAACAAACAGGUGAACUUUUUAGGGUGUUGGAAAAUUGUGAUUUAAAUUAAGUGAAAUGAAUCUGAUGUAUUACUGCUGAAACUCAUCCCGUGGAAAAAGUGUUUGGUUUGUUUUCCAGUAAGGGCGUGGUCUGAACUGUGUAAAGGUAGUCAUGCUGACUAAAUCAAUAAAUGUAACGCAAGUUGCAGAUUGUGUCCGUG